GGGGGUGGGGCUGCGCCGGCCUCUUCCCAGCCGGGCUGAAAGGAUUUGCGUAGCUGGCCUUGUCGGCCCUGAAAGCGCCCAGCGGGCGACCUGACCCCAGCUUUCCUAGCCGAAACGCGCGAAGGGAGUUGUUCCUAGCUCUCGUCGGUCCCCGGGUGCGCUUUUCCUUUCCAGACCUGGGCCCUUAGGUCCACCACCGCGGAAUCUGCUGCCGCCUAGAAACCCAGAUUCGAGUGUCCGGAGAGUAACCGGAAGUGCUGUCCCCAGGCCUAGGGGCGGCGCCGGUGGCUGCCAGGGUAAGCGCGGCCGGAACUAAUGGCUACCAAUGGCAGUUACUUUAUGCAGGAGAAACAAUGUAAGCAAAGAUGGAAGGAGGGGAGAGGAGAAUUGAUUGCUGUGAACAGUUCUGGACUAGAGACCUUUGGGAGCCAAAAGGAAGACAGUCUUGUCUUUCUUGUUUUGAUUGCUCUCUUCCUUCAGAAAUCAAAUCCUCAGCACCAAGAAGUGAAUGUUUUCUUCCGUAUGGAUUCUAGGUUUGGAAAUACCAACUAAGGAAUCAGUGUAUACCAUGCUGGAAACUUGUAGAGGCUCAUGACUAAAAGUCUUGAAACAGAUGUAUCUUCAAAUUCUUAUCAAGAAAAUGACUGUGAAGGCAAUGAUGGGUCACAAAGACCAGUGGAAAACUCCCUAGGAGAGAGCCAUAGAAAAUGUACACUUCAGAAGAGAGAUGUAACCAGAGAACUCAAAAAAGGAAAAUAUAUCAUAUGUGCCCUCAGAAGGGUAAAAAGAUUUUUAUUCAUGUCCAUGAGAUUACUCAAAUAGAUGAUCAAAUAUACCAGUGCCUUGAGUGCGAACAAAACUUCUGUGAAAACUUAGCUCUUAUUAUGUGUGAGAGAACCCAUACAGGGGAGAAAUCUUAUAGAUGUGAUAUGUGUGAGAAAACCUUUGUCCAAAGCUCAGAUCUUAUUUCACACCAGAGGAUCCACAAUUAUGAGAAACCUUAUAAAUGUAGCAAAUGUGAGAAGAGUUUUUGGCACCACUUAGCCCUUUCAGGACACCAGAGGACACAUGCAGGUAAAAAAUUCUAUACAUGUGACAUUUGUGGCAAGAAUUUUGGUCAGAGUUCUGAUCUGCUUGUCCACCAGCGAAGCCAUACUGGUGAGAAACCAUAUCUAUGUAGUGAGUGUGAUAAAUGCUUCAGCAGAAGUACAAACCUCAUAAGGCACCGAAGAACUCACACAGGUGAGAAACCAUUUAAGUGUCUAGAGUGUGAAAAGGCUUUUAGUGGGAAAUCAGAUCUUAUUAGCCACCAGAGAACUCAUACUGGUGAAAGACCCUACAAAUGUAAUAAAUGUGAGAAAAGUUACCGACACCGUUCAGCCUUCAUUGUACAUAAAAGAGUUCAUACUGGGGAGAAACCCUAUAAGUGUGGUGCCUGUGAGAAAUGCUUUGGCCAGAAAUCAGACCUUAUCGUGCACCAGAGAGUACACACAGGUGAGAAGCCGUAUAAAUGCUUGGAAUGUAUGAGAAGUUUUACUCGGAGUGCUAACCUAAUUAGGCACCAGGCAACUCACACUCAUACUUUUAAAUGCCUUGAAUAUGAGAAAAGUUUCAACUGUAGCUCAGAUCUUAUUGUGCAUCAGAGAAUUCACAUGGAAGAGAAACCACAUCAGUGGUCUACAUGUGAAAGUGGCUUCCUUCUAGGUAUGGACUUUGUUGCCCAACAGAAAAUGAGAACUCAGACAGAGGAGCUACAUUAUAAAUACAGUGUAUGUGACAAAAGCUUUCACCAGAGCUCAGCCCUUCUCCAACAUCAGACAGUACACAUUGGUGAAAAACCAUAUAUCUGUAAUGUGGGUGAGAAAGGUCUUGAGCUCAGCCCUCCCCAUGCAUCAGAAGCCUCACAAAUGUCUUGACCAGAUAAGAAGUUAUAAUAACCUAAAAUGUGUAUUUUCAUGUGAAAUAACUCAUUAAGAAUCCCAGGUAAAUCUCAGACUUUCCUCAGAGCUCAGAAUUCAGUGGGAACCAGAGAGCCUACAAUUGUAGGGAGUAUGAGAAAUGCUUUGCCCAGAGAGCUGCCCUAAUAAAACACCGUAACAGUCACUCCAAUGAGAAAACUCCACAAACUCCUGGAGUUUUGGAAAACUUUCAGUCUGAACUUGAAUUUGAUUGCUCACAAGAGGAUUCAUACAGGUGGGAACCCUUACAAAUGCAGUAAGUGUUAGAGAGCUUUCUAGCAGUGCUCAGCCCUCUUUGUUGUGAGAGAAUUCACUCUGGAGAACAACCUUUUCAAUGCCUUCAGUGUCAACAGUGCUUCAGACGAUAUGCAUAUCUCAUUGGAUCUCAGAAAACCCACCCUGGGGAGAAGUCCCAGCAAGCAUGAAAAAGGCUUCUAACAGAACUCUGACUUUCUUACUCAUCAGAGAAGCCAUACUGGUGAAAAAUUGUGUAUUUGUCUUGAGUGUGGCAAAAGCAUUAGUUGGAGAGCCUUAUUUGGGUUUGCACCCAAAAAAAGACCCAAUCUGAGGAAAGACUUUACAAGUGUCUGAAUGAGAAAGCUUGUCAAUGUCAGCUCUGUGGUAUAUCAGGGAACUCAUAAAAGUGAAAAACCCCAUAAAUACCUUGAGUCUGAAAAAAGCUUUGCUAAAAGCUCUUAAUUGGGCCACAAAGAACCCAUUCUGCAAAGAAGUUUGCUCCAGUGAGAGAUUUAAUUGUAGGUGAGAAUCUGUGUACAUAUAAUAUGUGUGAGAAGAACUGUUCUCAUAGUUAGUUGGCCAAUAUGGUAUAGAUGACUUUAAAUGGAAUCAGUAUGGAAAUAGUUCUUUUAGAUACCCAGAAGCUUGUUCUGGGAGAAGCUAGGACAGGUCAGAGUAGACCUGAUGGGUAACUCAGGUAAAGAUGCUUUUCUUUUAUCUGAACCACUUAAUUAUUGCUUUUACUUUCUAAAAAUUCAGAAAUCCAAUAAAGGAAAGGACUGUAACCUUGUGAUAGAAGGUGUGGCAUGUGUUACUGUUGGGGAAAAGGAGUAUAUUGACUUUGUCUCGGUUUAUUUUUAUUCUUAGCUAGAGUGGAACUAGUAUGUUGAUAGUAACAAGGGACUCUUUGCUGACAGUGAAAUGAACUAAGAAGCUAGGGAGUAGUUAUCCCCAAUCAAAACUCUCUCAGUAGUUUUCCUUUUGUAGGAUCAACUGCAUAAAGAAGCAGAAUACUCAGACUUUUACUUAGUGUGAGUUGAGAUAUAUCCUCAAAAGUUUCCUUUUCCCUAAAAUAUCUUUCAGGUUAUUACUGGUAUAUGAAAAUUUGAUUUUAGAGAUUCAUUUCUUUUUAACUCUUAAUACAAAUUCCAGGAUAAUGGUUGUGAUGUUGUUAGUAUUCAUAUUUUUGUGACUGUCAUCUCUUUCAGUGAUAGACAUCCAAGGUCAACUUCUAGUAAAAUGGCUAGGGGAAGACAAAAGUUUAGGCCUGAGUAGACAGAGUAACAAACACAUUAGUGAUGCAUUAUUAAUAAAGGAACAAGACCUUUUUUAAAUUUAAGUAUCCUGAUUCCAAAACUGACAUUCCUUUAUUCCAUUAUCCUGCUGUUUAUAACAAAUCAAGCCCCAUAAUGAUACAUCUUUCAUUUAUUUCAGUUCUGUCAAGGAAAGAGAAAAUGCCUUUUAAUCCCAGAGAAAGGAUUGCAAUCACCACAAUAUAAGGUAUAUAUUUGGCUUGGUAUGCAGGAUUCAAAAUGCUUGAAGGGAAGAGUAGUAGGUAGAUUCAUCAGAGGUUUAAGAAUAAGCAAGAACUUGUCUUCAGUUUAACAGGAUAAUUAUGAUUGUCUUUAACAUUUCCUAGAAAUACUAUAAUUAAUCUAGGGAUAUAUUAAUAGUCACUUCUCAGUUUUUUCUUCCCUCAAAAGACAUUCAAUGCAGAAUUCUAUAUUAUUUUGGACUCUGCAGACUGGUGAAUAAAUAUUUUGUUGCUAGUCUGAGUCCUCCAGUUUUGAUUUAAUUUAUCCUAACAGAUCCCUGAACUCCAGAGAAUUGGCAUUUGGAUUCAUGGAGUUGGCCAGUUGCCACACUGCUACCUUAUGUGUUGCUCUAAGCUUUGAUGCUAAUGACUGGUUGGUGAUCGUGAGAAUAUUAGAGCCAGUGACUAUAGCUCAUAGUAAUAAUAAUGAGUCUGAUUUUUUUUCUUCUAUUAGAAAACAGGUCCUGGAAAUUUAUUGAAUUGAUGGAUUUUAGUAAUUUUUAUAAAUAGCUCUUGUACCAUGAAAAGUUGCCCAGUGUGAUAAGACACAGAAGAUGUAUUUUUUCUCUUUGGUGAAAAUCAUGCCUAUCACUAGUAUAUGUUUGACAGUUGUAAUAUACUUAAAAAGUGUUGGGUGUAAGGCAUGGUGGUGAUGAAAAUUAGUCUUUAUGACUACUUGUUAGUCAUUAGAGAGAACUUGGAGAAGGGGACAAAGUUGUUAUCAUUAGUAGGGCAGUGAUUUGCCCCUUCUUUCAAUUAUUCUUAUUAGUUAAUUGUGUCUAGUCUUUAAGUAAAUUAACAAUGGACUAUCCCUCAAGCAGAGAAUUUUGGGGGUGUGAAACAAAUCUGAGAGAUUUUAACCAUGGGAGGAAAAGGUGUUGGCAUAAUUCAUAUAGCAUAACCUGAGGUUGGAGAGGACCACUUGGGAGCCUGUAAUCAAUACUAGAAGGUAACUUUUGGCAUGGAUGGAGGUUCCCCUGAAGCAGUGCCAACCUAAGUCUACCUCAGGUAAGUAGUUAGAAUAACUUUUUCAAGAUUUCAGACCAAACUAGAUAAUUUGUAUUCAUUUGAUGUAUUCUUAAGCUUUGUUUUUUUGGUUUUUUUUUUUGCCCUAAUUCUUAAAUAAACCUUUGUUCUGAAAAGCUCA